GCGGACCACCGCCGCUCCCCGCCUCCGGCUCCCCGCCGGGCGCCGGCUUUAAAUGCGGGGCGGCGGGGAGGCAUCGGCGCUCCUGCUAUCCCCGGCACCGCGCUUGGAACACAUAGCCGGCCGCCAUGGUCGAGGCUUUCUGCGCCACCUGGAAGUUGGUAGACAGCCACAACUUCGAUGAGUAUAUGAAGGCACUGGGAGUGGGGUUUGCAACACGGCAGGUGGGGAAUGUGACUAAACCCACUGUGAUUAUCAGCACCGAGGGGGACAAAGUAGUGAUCAGAACUCAAAGCACUUUCAAAAACACAGAAAUCAGCUUUAAACUCGGAGAGGAAUUUGAUGAAACUACCCCCGAUGACAGAAACUGCAAAUCAGUUGUGACCCUGGAUGGAGAGAAGCUAGUGCACGUACAGAAAUGGGACGGCAAAGAGACAAACUUUGUGAGAGAAAUAAAGGAUGGCAAAAUGGUAAUGACUCUUACCUUUGGUGAUGUGGUUGCUGUUCGCCACUAUGAGAAAGCAUAGAGCAUACCUGCCUUCUGUCCAGAUGUUACUUCAGCUGGAUGGAUUCAUGUCCUGUCCAUGAUUGACCGUAGCUAAAAUGCACAUUUCUGGCAUGAAAGGUUAAUAAAGUGUUUUUUGGAAUUUUUUUUUGGGGGGGAGGAUGUUUUUUAUAAAAAAAAUAGUCAUGCCAUCAAAUUGGCAUGCUUGUGUUGUAUAGUGAAACAGGUUAAACUUGGCAUUAAAUUUCUGAAACACUUGCCUUUUUUUUUUUUACAGUAAAUAUUUGAAUUGUUUUGGAAUGCAGAUAAAACAAAUUAAAAAAAUUAAAAGGUUUUUUGAA